GGGACUUUAGAAACCGAUUGAGGACUGGCUUUUUUUAUAAGACACGACCAGUUGGACAGGAUAGUGGUGAAGUUUAUGUGAAGUAUAAAGGCAUUUUGACACAAGAUGUGUGGGAGGAUUUUAUCGCUAGGAGCAUGACUCCGGAGUUUCAGGAAUUAAGUGAUAAAAACAAACAAGCUGCGUUACUGAAUAUUUACCCUCACCAUAUGGGUCGCUCCGGAUAUGCACUUUCCAUACCGAAAUGGAAAGAUCAAGGAUUACUAGAUCAGUUUUUGACUAAGUCUGAAGUGGAUUCCACAAAAUCUAGCGUAUCUUCUGAUGACAUUCCGAGACAUGUGAGUUG